GAGGGUGUGUAAAAGUAUUUGGGUCGAUUCAGCUGAACAGGCACCGGGUAUUGAUCCAAAUUUGUAUGAUGUGCUUUCUGUUUUUGUCUCUGUUGUAUUUUCUGUUUUUAAAUUCUGAUGCCUUUGUGUAAUUUUUCUAUCCCGCGGAACAUACUUCCCCUACCCUGUAGACUUGCUUUUGUGCUCAUAGAAUCUGCUGCAGGGCACAGAGAUGUGCCUGUAAACCUGUGUCUGGCAGCGGAUUUGGUGGGCGCAUGGGGAGGCGGCCGGCUGCCGCCUAUCAGCUUAAACUUGGACAACACCAAAGCUACAACUGGACGGUCUUUUAAGAGUCUUAUCUUGAGGGGAGUGGCUCUUGGAAUCCGCUCGGGAUGGGACUCUUUAAGACUGUUUAGUAUUCCUACCCGGCUCCCCUCCUUUGUUGCAGGAUAAAGAAAAAGUUUUGUGCUCCCACACUCGUUUCAGAUCCUGUGCCUGGCCGGCCUGCUAUGAUUUCAGACCCUUUUGUGACCACGAGCUCUCUGCCAGGGCAAGACCCCCUGACCGGACGGCCUGGCUCGGCUCUGAUCGUAAAGGAGCUGAAAUGCAUUGGGACCAUAAUCGUGCCCUUGCUGGAGAUAAAGCUGGGCAUGCCUGACGCAGCCGUGGACAUCAGCACCGAGGUCACCACCAAGGACUUAAGAAAGAAAGAAGUGGUAAAGAAGGCGGAGCAUGAGAAAGACGAGGUAAACCUGGACAAGAGGCCCCAACCUGUAAAAAGUAAGCUCGACGAACAGGAGGAGCGGAGGAAAAGGCGCUUGGAACAGAACAAGGCGGUGUGGGCCCGGAGGAAGGAGCGCACGGAGACCCUGCAGCGGGAGUUUGAGCGGCUGGAGUUCAGAAACGCGGUACUAAAGAUACAGGUCAGGGAGCUGGAGCAGGAGCGGCAGCAGCUGAUUCUCGUACUGAACCGGCGCCGCCCCACCUGCAUUGUUCGCACCGACAGUGUCCCUACCCCUUGGAUCUAAUAUUAAUGGCUGGCUGCGGUGCAAAUGGUAUAACUUAUCCCCAUAAUUUCACUUAAAUUUUAAGAUUAAAAUUUGACCAAAAGAAAAGGGGGGAAUGUGAAAUUAAGAUAGGAUGGGGUUAAAUUGGAAUGUGAAAUUAAGAUAGGAUGGGGUUAAAUUGGAAUGUGAAAUUAAGAUAGGAUGGGGUUAAAUUGGAAUGUAAAAUUAAGAUAGAAAGGGUUAAAAUGAAGUUGCUUGAGCUAACUGCAUAUUUUGCUUCUGUGCAAAAUGCUUUGGCUUGCAAAAUGCAUUUUGUUUAAGAUAACUAGACUUUAGCUGACCUUGUAACAUGUGAUGAAUGUGCUAAUGCUUUUAUGAGAUAAUGGAGCAUGUGAUAAUUAUUUUAGGAGCUAUGUUAAGUUUUUGGUCAUGAUGACCCCGUGUUUAUGCCUACUCAAGGUCUUCUGUCCCCUCACCCUGGAAGUUUGUCAUGCAUCUUAUGAGAAUUUGUCAUGCUGCGGUUUAUCUUGUGAUUUUUGGCAAUGAUGUGGAGAUAUGCUAAUGUUGUGGUUUUUAAUCUUAAAUACGCUGUGCGGUUGAUGAUUGUCGCCUCUCUUCUCACACUGCACCAGAGAGUGUUGUUGUGCUUGGAGUUGGCCCAUCUGCGCAGAUGUAAUAAACUUCCUCUUGCUUUUAUUGCAUCGGUUGGACUGGAAUUCGUGCUUCUGGGGGUCUC